AUGGGCACACAUAACGGUUGGUCGUUAAGAUAUGCAUUCUUUGCUGGUCUGUUAAUUGUCAUUUCCCUGUUGUACAUUUUUUACCACCCGAAGAUAAUUGGUAUUCAAAAACUGACUUGUCUCACUCCUGUUAAUGAAACAAAGAGAGAUCGACAUUUUCUUGAAGCAACCACAUCGGAGGGUUGCAACGUCGAUAAACUACUUUUACAAAAAUGUUCACAUUCAGAAUUCACCUCAACGACGGAUACUUUUAUUAAUGUCGAUGAUAUAUUGUAUGGUUAUGACGUUUUGUUUGAAAACGAUUAUUUGUUUACCGCUUCAUCCUGGUUAGGCGUACAAUAUCAGUCAACUCCAAAUGAUGCAAUGGUGUUUCAACAAUUAAUCUGGGGAAUCAAGCCCGAUCUGAUCAUUGACUUAGGGACGAAUUUUGGUGGUUCAGCAGUAUUCUUUGCAUCGAUCAUGUCAUUCCAUAGUGAGGCUGGGAUCGUUCUGACGAUUGAUCGCAAGUCGUUCACAAUGGAUUGGGUUUCCGAUAGAAGAACGUUGUGUAAAGAUUGUGUCAAUGCAACCGAUAAUAAACUAUGGAAAACAUAUUUUCAUUUCAUUCAAAGAUCUACAAAUGAUGUUAGUGUAUUAGCGGAAGUUAAAAAGUACGUGGCAAACGCAAGAACUGUGUUUAUAAGUCACGAUGCUGCUCAUGACUGCGAUUCAGUUUAUGAAGAUUUAUAA